AUGACAGCCGGACGUUCUCGAAGCCAUUUUCGGCAGCUGGCAAACGUGGUGCGGAACAACCUGGAAAACCAGCAGGACUGGACACAGUUGCAGACCCAUGGCGAUGACUACGAACCCGACAACGAGCAGGACGACGGUGGUGGCAGUGGCAGUGGUACCGGAACGGGCGGCAAGCGGAUCCUGCUUUCUGGUCUGCCGCCACGGCGAGUGUACAUCCACCCAGACGAGCAGAUCGAGCUCAUGCGUGCGGAGCGAGCUCUUGGCAACGGCCGCCGCAUCGCCCAGCCACCCGAGCACGAGUGGGUGCUGCCCAUGCAUCUGGCCGAGACGCCCACGAUCAGCCAGUUUGCUGCCAUCUUCGACUCGAUCGACCCACUUCCACCCGCAGCAGUCGAGGCCGAAGCGGCAUCUCCCGACGAGGGGCAGGAAGAGGAGACGGCAGCCCAGUGGAAGAAGUGGCGGAACGCCAAACGGAGCAAGCGCCUUUUGCUGGCCAUCGUUCAGGACGACUCGACGGUGGUCUAUUAUGUCAUGCAGGAUGGCAUCGUGAAGCCGAGACAGAACUGA